AAAUAAAACAAUAAAAAAUACAGUUAGGGCCCACAGCCAAAUAGCUAAAAUUUGCCCCCAAAAUACGUCACUGCCUGUUUUCUGUCAUUUGUUUUAGUUAUGAAAAAAAUAGUGAAUAGGAACAUUUUCUGUAAAGCAGUUUGGAGUCACAUUCCACAGAAAUGGUGGCAUAUAGUUCAUACUGGGAGCUGUUGAUCCGUUCUGUGCAGCCAUAUUGGACACCAAACUCGGAGCUGCUCAGCAAGCUUCACCUUCCGCCUGGGAAAAACUUCAGAAAUGAAAGAGAAUGCCCCAUUAUACUUAAUGGAGACUCUAUUGCUGCAGGUAGCUGUAACCUGUAUGCAGAACAUCCUGCAAUCCCUUUAAAUCAAUGGAGGGUAAGAGAAAAAUGUGACACGCCUGAAUGAGGAAAGAUUUUGUUUUUCAUUUACUGACUUUGCACCAGUGACAGUUUUUGCUCUGCUCUGCAUCACACUAUUAAGUAUUUGGUGGCUGAUUCAGAACUUGAGUCCUGACAGACAAACAGGGAAACAAAGGGAGAAGAAUCAUAGCAGAAGCCCAGUUUUACUCCUUCUCAUUGAAACAUAUUGUUCCUGCUGUAUUAUUCCUCUCAGCCUUUCUGUAUUCAGCUGUUGAAGUCAGUCUUUGUCAUUCUAAUCAAAGUUAUCCAAGCAACACUUCAGCAAGCAUUCCUCCUUAGCAGCAGUAUGCCUGGCUGUGGGAGCAAAUGUUCUGCCCUCCUUCAAACUUUCCUUGCUCCUCCCGCUGCGUCUCCAGCGAUCGCUCUGCAGCUGCUCCUUCACUCGCUUCAGACUGGGAGUGAGGACAGCACUCUGCUGCUUGGACCUAACACCAUCUUUUUGUUUCUUUUUUUAAAAAAAAAACACUUCCAGUUCCAGUCUGUGACUCCAACUUGUCUCUUUAUCAGUUCAUGAUUUUUAGCUUUGUGUUCACACAUGACAAAAUGGGACAUGAGGGGCUUCCUGCAGAAAGGUUUUCAGUACUUUAAGAUGUGAAUUCAGUUGAAUCAAGCAGAUCACAGACUUUCCAACAUUGUGGUUGUUGUAGUCGGGCCCUCCAAGCAGCUGCUGUGUCAGUCUCUCUGGAUGAAGAUGGAGCACUCCACCCUGUGGGUCCUCCAGACUCUGCUGGUGCUCCUGUCUCCUGUGGGGUCUGCUCCCUGCCCCCGGCCCUGCUCCUGCCCUCAGCCUGCUGAGCUCCACUGCACGUUCCGCUCCCUCCUCACCGUCCCAGCAGCGGUACCCAAGCACGUGAAGCGCAUAAACUUGGGGUUCAACAGGAUUUAUAAAAUAAGUGACACUUCACUGUCUGGGCUGGGGAAGCUGGAGCUGCUGAUGGUCCAUGGGAACAACAUUCACUCUCUGCCUGAUGGAGCGUUCAGGGACCUGGCAUCACUUCAGAUGCUGAAGAUGAGCUACAACAAGCUGAAGGAAAUCAACAGGCACACUCUCCAGGGGCUGUGGUCUGUGACCAGGUUGCACUUGGAUCACAACCAGAUAGAACUCAUCCAUCCGGACGCCUUCCAGGGACUCACUUCCUUACGCUUUCUGCAGCUGGAGAGAAACCAGCUUCAACAACUGCAUCCUGCCACCUUCACCACCUUCACUCUGAUGGACCAGUUCUACAUCUCUACCCUGCGACACCUCUACCUAUCUGACAAUGCACUCACAUCCCUCCCCUUCCAGCUGGUGGAGACCAUACCACAGCUUGAGAACCUGUACCUCCAUGGGAACCCCUGGACCUGUGACUGCAGUAUGAGUUGGUUGCAUGACUGGGAAAAAACUUCACCAGGGGUUCUAAAAUGUAAAAAGGACAGAGCCCUUCCAGGUGGCCAGCUGUGUCCAAUGUGUUCUUCUCCCAUACAAGUGAAGGAAAAGGAACUCCAAGCUGCUCAUCCUCUGGUUUGCAAUAGCCCAGUCAUCAGUUUCCUUCAUAGAACUACAUCGCUAGAAUAUUCUGAAAGUGAGACAUUGACCUCAGAGGACUUUAAGGAGCCCAUUGGUAACAUAUCUCUUGGCCUCUCUGAUGAGCAUGGGAAUGAGUUAGAUCUGGAGUGCAGUGCUCACAAGCUAAAAGAACCUGCCAAGGUAAGCUGGGAGCAGGUCAACCAGCUUCAGCUGGUCGCAAACGUUAGCUUCUCAGUAGACCUUCAGUGUUCUGUUGACAGAGAAAAAUACGAGCAGCUGUGGAGACUGAUUGCAUACUACAGCAACGUUCCAGCCCAUUUAAAACAACUAGUCAUUCCAAGCCAAGAGCCGUACCCACCACAUGUAUAUAACCAGGACUCUGUGCAGGAUGCCCACUACUACACAGGUCUUAAAGCCAAAGUGUCAGCCCAGCCUGCAUGGCUGAUGCAACCAUCCAUAGAACUACAACUGAACCGGCCUCAGUCAUCAACCAGCAUGGUAAAGUUAAUUCUGAGGACAAACUUCUCAGAGACAGUGGACAUCAAGCUUCAGCAAAGACUCAGGAGGAACUGGGUCAUGAUCGAGUCAACAAACAGAACACAGAAUGCUAUGAGUGUUAUCCUUGGAAGUUCAAAUGAAAUGGCCUGUAACGUGCACAGUUCUGACCUGCCAGUAAUUCAGUGGAUGCUGCCAGACAGUUCCAAGCUUAACAGGCCAUUUAGGAGUCCUGAAAACAGGGUUUCUGUUUCCAGAGAUGGAAGGUUGAAAAUUAAAGCAGUAACUCACAGAGACACUGGAGCUUACUACUGCAUCGCCAAGGUUCAAGGAGAUUUUGCUGUGCUUUCCUUCUAUCUAACUGUCCAGGAAUCCUCUAGUCCUCCCACAGGGGAGGACACAUCAAUUGCAUCAAUAGAGGAAUUUGCAGGAAACUCCAUUUCUCUGGACUGUCCAGCAUCCAGUUCUCCUGAUGCUGAAAUAAACUGGAUUCUACCAAACAACAAAAUAAUUUAUUUCCGAGCUAAUUAUUCCAAAGCACUGGUGACUUUUAAUGGUACUCUUCAAAUCCUAAAGACUCAGAUAUCAGAUAGUGGUUAUUACAAAUGUGUAGCAAUCAAUCAACACGGUGUAGACACACUAGUGAAAAAAGUUAGUAUAGUUAGGCGCAAUGGUCUAAUUAGACCAAUGCGCAAGUUUACAACAAGGCCUCAGUCAGCCUCAGGGGUGAACACUCAAAUAAACGUCCCUACAGAGAAUCCAGAAGAAGCAUCAGGUGACAGUGACAGGUCUACAAUACGCCACCGCAUCAAUAGUGUUAGACGUAAACUCCCAGUGAGUCUAGUCCCAGGAAGAAGAGGUAUUCAUCCAUCUAGGAGCACCCGGCAGCGACAGCCUGUGCUCCGGAAACCAACAGGGUCUCACAAUGGAAACCUGAAAGGUUUAGCAGAGAACAGGAGGAGGAUUAAUCUUUCUAAAAGUAAAAUUGACCCAGAGAAAUGGGCAGACAUUUUAGCUAAGAUUAGGGACAGAAAUACUGUGACCUCGCCUCCUGUUUCUUUCCCAACAAAGAUGAAAGCAACAGAGUUGACGACACAGUCAUGGGAAACUUCUGAUGAGCCAUCAGAUGGUGGGGGUGUACAUGAGCGAGUGAGUCAGCAUUAUUCCAUACGUCAGAGCCCUGAAAAACCUACAGAAUACAGUACUCAUGGUCAAGAUAGUCAUGUGACACCUGAAAGCAUCACUGCACAAGAUGCAACUCCUAACAGCAGAUUUGUUACUAUAGAGUCCCAUCCAACAGAAAUUGCAUAUACUACACAGCACACAACCUAUGACAGAGAGUUGAACCUAAUCACAAGUUCAAACAGUGGGUUUUUCCUCCCCCAGACCACAUCUGUUCCACCGCACGCUAUUACUGUCAGGCAGCCCAGUGCACACACUGCAACCAGCAGCACAUUUUCUUUUUCAGAGAACCUAAGCACAAGUAUUACUGCCGAUAAGAUUCAAACAGCUGAUCCGUCUGAGGGGCUGCAGAGCAGUGAGAGUAGGAACAAACCAAAUGAUGUCACUAACUCCAUAAAUCACAGAGAAGCCUUCUUUAUGGAAAGUCAAAUUACUCCUUCAGCCAACCCAAAUCACUCUGCAGCAAGUCAAGAAGGAAGUGGAAACUAUUUGAGCGAGACUUCAACUCUGUCACAGUUUCAGUCUCAUCCAAAAGACACAACGCUCAAUGAUUUGCAUUCUGAAGUUGUUGACACGACAGGGUCUCCAACAACUACCUUCAAUCUCCCUGGAAAAAGAAGGGUGCACUCUACAAGACGGCCAAAGUCACGCCUUCGGAAAGUCAACUCUCAGAGGAGGAACGGUGGCCGGAGGAGACGGCCAGACAGAAAGAAACAAAAGCUCAAAACACUUGGCAGCUUCAUCACCACUGCACCUGUAAAUACUCCCUUACCUACAGCCAAGACCUCUGCCUCUAAAUUGUUAAACACAGAAAGAUCAGAAAUUGCAGUUCGUUUAUAUACCUCUGUUCCAUUCACAGAGAGCCAAGUGGCGUCAUCAGACAGACUGAGUCAUAAAGAAAGCACAGUCUUCAGUCAGAACCACGAGGUAAUCAAAGAGCCUUCCUCACUACCAACCUCUUCUUUAGGAACAAAGGACAGCCAAAACAAAUCAUGGCAAAGCACUGCAGCUGCACCAUCAUUUCCAAGCAUUUCUCCAGGCUUAACUCAUGGAAAUACUACUCCUCACAGCACUGCGGAAAUCUCAGACAGUGCAUAUCCUACAGCGAUUUCAGAGAUUCUCCCAUCAAUCCCUCAGCAGAGGUUUGCAGACAGUCCUCCUCCACCUGCUGAGCAUUUAGAGAACUGGCAUGAAACAAGUUUUACAACAGAAUUGGCACCUCUGCUGCACUCUGAAAGUCCCUCAUGGGGUUUGCAAAGUAUGACAAAAUUGACAACAGACAACAAGAAUCAGCAAUUUGUCCAUCAGGAGACUUUUUCUGAGGAGGUUGAACAAAUACAUUGGGAGAAGACUGGAAUGGAUUCUUCACUACAGCCUUCCUAUUUUACCCAAACUGCUUCACCCAUCCAGGGAAACAAGACAGACUCUGGAGAAACUUCCAAAGGAUCACUCUCAACUCCAAGGAUGCUUUUUGAGGUCACCACUGAGAGACUUGCACCAUUAGAAGAUUUAAAGAGUGAAGAAAAUGAGAAGAAACCUCUGAAUGCUGGAACCGAUUCUACACAUAUGAGCAGUGUAAAAACAACACAUGCCUCAGCUACCUCAACAUUGCCAUAUCAUAUUAAACCAUCCAGAGAGAUUCCCUAUCUCUCAAAACCCAGACUUUCUCCUUUAGUACCUCUUCUAAUUUCUUUAUCAACAUCCAUCACUCAAAAUGCCACAGUCACAGUCAGUACCAGCCAGGAUCAACAAAUAAAACCCAUCUCUACCACAUCCGUCCUAAGAAGAUCAUUUAACUUUCAUCCUACAACAUUUCCUCCAAAUCACAAACCAAUAAAUACAAUUCCAACCUCCCAGGCAUCCACCUCUAUACCAGUACCCACUGGGAUCCCAUCCCAAAAGACACUGUCACCAGUAACUCUGGAUAUGUCCACACAGCACCUAAACGAGCAUGGAUCUGUUCAAAGACGGAAGCCAAGGAUAAAAACUACCCAUUCUCAGACGAUUACUGUCAAAGUAGAAAAAGAUGCUAAGCUUCCAUGUGAGACUGGAGGUCAGCCCAUGUUUUUCCUGUCUUGGACAAAAGUUUCCAACGGAGCGAGUAUCGCCAGGAACAUGAAGGUGCAGAGGUUUGAGGUCCUCCAUAAUGGAACUUUAAUCAUAAGAAACUCACAGCUAACCGAUGAGGGCCAGUACGUGUGCACCGUUCAGAAUCAGUAUGGUACAGACAAGAUGAUGGCUAACCUUAUAGUCAUGUCUCAUCAUCCACGGGUCCUUCAACCUCGAGAGCGAGAUAUCCAUGUGUAUGAAGGAAGCAAGGUUGAACUGGAAUGCAAAGUUGAAGGGGAUCCUGUGCCUCGGGUUAAGUGGGUCCUCCCAAACUCAAUCCAGCUGAUGACGACCUCACCUUCUGUGCCAUCUCAGUGGCAGGUGGCUGUAGAUGAUAGUGGAACUCUUCAUAUCAGCCGGGCUAGUUUGACUGAUAGUGGAAUUUACAGGUGCACUGGCAGCAGUGCAGCUGGAGCUGAUACCGUGUCAGUGCAUCUUCAUGUCUCUGCAAUGCCCUCUUUGAUUCAGCAGAGACUAGAUGAGAACAUGACUUUUCCAGAGGGCAGCGCUGCUUAUAUUGACUGCACUGCCACAAGAGCCUCUCAGCCAAUCAUGCAUUGGAUCACUCCUGAUGGCACACAGCUCACUCCUUCCCAACUAAUUACUAGAGAUAACCUUACUGUCUUUCCAAAUGGGACACUCCACAUACAAAGAUUGGACCUCAAGAAUUCUGGGAGAUAUGUAUGCAAAGCCAGUAACGGAGUAGCCUCAAGCAGCAGGACUGUGAUGCUAAGUAUCAGAAGAAAACUGUUGUCUGCUAAAGCCACAAUUACAUCUUCAUCUCCCCAUAGAACAGAUGUAAUAUAUGGAAGUAAGCUACUUCUGAACUGUGUGGCAACAGGUGAACCGGAGCCUCGAAUCAUCUGGAGGACGCCCUCUAAGAAGCUAGUGGAUAAUCAGUACAGCUUUGAGUCUAGGAUCAAAGUAUUCCUUAAUGGCAGCAUAAGCAUUCAUUCUGUGACUGACAAGGAUGGAGGUGACUACCUGUGUGUAGCCCGUAACAAAAUGGGUGAUGACUACGUUCAACUGCGGGUCAAUGUCUUGACCAAACCAGCAACAAUUGAGCAGAAACUUCAGAAAUCCAGUCAGGAGGUGGUACAAGGCCAAGACCUGAAGGUGGACUGUGUGGCAUCUGGCCUCCCCAGCCCAGAGAUUAGCUGGGCACUACCAGAUGGGACCAUGGUCAACCCAAUAAAGCAGAAAGCAGGAGUCCAUGUGGGACGCAGUCGCAGGUACGUGGUGUUUGACAAUGGGACUCUGUACUUUAACGAUGUUGGCCAGCCAGAAGAAGGUGAUUACACUUGCUAUGCACAGAACCAACUUGGCAGAGAUGAGAUGAAGGUGAGAGUCAAGGUGAAAGGUGGUACAUCCUCACCUCAAAUCCAGGAUAAAGAUCAUAAGACUGUCAGAGUGAUCUACGGUGAGACAGUAACACUGCAGUGCAAUGCCAAAGGUGACCCAGUACCUGUUGUCACUUGGAUGUCUCCCAAAAAUAGACCAAUUUCCAAUGCAAUAGACAGAUACAAGGUGCUUAAAGAUGGAACACUGCUUGUUCAAAAUGUUCAGCAAUUUGAUGAAGGUAAUUACACCUGUAUGGCGAGGAACAGUGUUGGCCAAGACAAUAAAGUUACCAGAGUGGAGGUUUUGGCAACUCCUCUAGUUAUCAAUGGCUUAAGAGGAACUUCAAAUACCAUCAAAGUUACUGCAGUUCAGGGAGAACGGAAACUGUUGGAUUGUGUGACCGAGGGAACCCCUUCACCUCGUAUCAUGUGGAUCCUCCCAGGAAAUCUAAUACUUCCUGCUCCAUACUACAGUAAUCAUAUGACAGUUCAUCAGAAUGGUACUUUGGAAAUACAAUCAGCUAAGAAGACAGACUCAGGACAAAUGGUGUGUGUUGCUCGUAAUGAACGAGGUGAGGUUAGAAUGUUGGUCAACUUGGAUGUCAAAGAAAUGGUUGGACGUCCACAAAUUGAUGCUCCCCAAAGAGAAAGCUUUUCCCUAAAAGUGGGGAAUACAGUGACUCUAAAUUGCUCGAUUGAUGGCUUGGAGUUAACUGAUAUAAUGUGGACCUUACCCAGCGGGACUCCUCUGCAAGCCGGUGCUCGAAUUUCAAAGUUUUUUCACCGACUUGAUGGAUCUUUGAUCAUCAACAAUCCAUCUGUUGCUGAUGUUGGUAUGUACCGCUGUGUGGGGCAUAACUCUGCUGGGAUUUUUGAGAGUACAGUCACCCUGUCCCCAGGAAGGAAGCCACAGAUUCUGAACAGAUACAUCUCUCCUGUCAGCAUCCUGGAUGGUGAAACACUUUUCCUUCAUUGUCAAACAACUGGUGAGCCAUUCAAACUUACAUGGACCCUGCCCAGUGGGGUUGUUCUCAACAGGUUGCAGAAAGCUAGACGCUAUUCGAUAUUGCGUAAUGGGACAAUUGUCAUUCGACAAGCAUCAGUCUAUGAUAGAGGACCCUAUGUUUGCAGAGCCGCCAAUGAAUAUGGCAGCUCCUUGCUUUCAGUCUCAGUAAAUAUCAUUGCAAACCAACCCAGGAUUACCAGUGGCCCUCCUUCUGUGACUUACGCCAAAAAUGGAGUUGCUGUUCAGCUGAACUGUGUCGCCACUGGGCUCCCCAAAGUAGAGGUGGCUUGGGAAACACCUGAUAAAACCCGCCUGGUUGUAAGUACACAGCCACGCCUUUUUGGAAACAAGUAUCUCCAUCCACAAGGUUCCCUAAUCAUUCAGAAUCCAACCCAACAAGAUUCUGGUGUUUACCGAUGCACUGCCAGAAAUACUGCCGGUGUAGACUCUAAAACAACAUUUCUGAAUGUGUUCUAAAGAAUUUUACUUUCAACCCAUACCCAAGGCAAUACUGUAUGCCCAAGCAACUGCCUAAUAAAAAGACAUUAUAUCAGAACACAAUUAAAGUCACUGUAAAAAUUGUGAAAUCACCAUCCAAUUAGCAUUCAGUGGCUCUUUAAUUAUGUUCUGACUUAGAGGCUUAACACUGGGAGUACCAGGGUUUCGACCUGUCCCCUGAAGUCCUGAAAGAGGGUCAAAAGACCUGAGUCCAAACUGACGAUUCUGAUGGCUCAAAUUAGCAUCCCUUUUUCAAUUGUAAACGUGGCCAUUGACCGUCAGGCCAGAAAGGAGGAGUGGAAAAUCGUGCAAAACUGGUUAUAGCUAAAAUAACCAAAUAUAGCUAAAAUCCUUCAGGUCAGUCGACCCGUCUCUGGGCUCCAAAGGUAGAAAUGUUAACAUAGGACCCUUCUCUGGUACUCACAGCUAAAAUCAUGUGCACCCUACUUUCUUUGUUUGUACAAUUUUGUGAAAGAUCUGUGUGUAAAUACAUAAUUGCUCAGGUAAUUUGGAUACAGAAAACCUACGUACGGGUUAUGCUUUCUAGACUGGUCACUAAUGGUGGUCUUAAUCAUCUUUGUAUCAUAUUUAACUUUCCCAAUUUCACCAUCGACCUUUUUAAAUGGGAGUAAAUUAUUUAGAAGAAGAUAUAUUGUUUCGUGUUGUUUGGCAAAAAGUAGAAUUUCUGAUGUAUUUAUUAUAAUUAAAUGACAAAAUCAGUUUGCUAUGCAAAAAGCCUGACAUUUUUUACUACACGCUCCUCAAUGGCAGCAUAUCAAGUCACUUACAUAUCGCCCAUUAACCCUAACCCUAACAAUCUUUUGAAAAUCCAUAUGCAUUUUUAUGAGUUGCACCUUAUUGGUCUUGUUAAAACACUGACACUCUGAGAAUUGCCUGAAAAUGUUUAUGAAUAAUCUUAAAUAUUCACACAGACAAACAGGAAAGGGUAUCAUUUUUAGUGCAUUUCAUGAUUCUUACAAUCAGAGGCCUCUGAUUGCCAUGUUAAUUUCCAUGUCAGAAAUCAAGCAAUAUGUGAUAAAAAGGAAAAGAAAUAAAGAAAGGCAAAUAAGAGAGCCAGCAAUAUAAUGUUCUACUAAUAUGGUAUACAUAGUGACAGUGACCUAAAGGAGCUGAAAGCCUCAGUUUCUACAGUAGCGCACCUGUGAAAGUAUUAUCACCGUGAGCACAUCACAAUGAAUAUCUACAAUUCAUUUUCUCACAGCAACUUGUCAUUUAGAAGUAAAAAGUACUUUUAAGCUAAUGCUACAUGCUGGAAGGGUCUUAUUAAAGCAGUAAUUAAUUUUACUUAAUAACGUGAUGUUGCCAGUCGACAUGUUUUUAUUGGCAGAAGAUGCAAAAACAAUUUAAAAGGACAGCAACAACAGGUUUAAUUGACUUAGAAACUUUAGUCUCACAAACACCUGAACUUCCUGAAUAGUCUGGCUGCUGACAAGACGAAACACAUUGUGUUCAUUUACGACUUUCAGAGCUACAAAGAUGUUUUAUGUUAUAAACAUAUUUUAAUUCUGUUUUGAAACAAAAAAGAAAAAGAAAUUCAUGUAUGAUUUAUUUAUGUUUAAUGGUUUAACACGUUUUGCUGUUUCUGACUACGAUGUGGUGUUUGUUUUUCAAACUUUUGGAAGUCCUACCAAAUUUAUACACAAACAAAUAGAAACCAAUGAAUUGGGUACAAAAACAUAACUCAGGAAAAUCUGUGUAUGUAUGAGAAAAGUAACUCUUCCAUUCUCAAGAGUGUUAGAGGAAAAAGUAAUAAAAUGAAUUGCAGGAUCCAAAUGCAGGGAGGAGCCAAGCAGGUGAAAGUCAAUAGUUGACUAAAGGAAAUAAGAAAAACUAAAUCCAAAAGGGAUAAAUCCAAAAAAAUGUAGAAGAAGCGAAACAAGCUGGGGGCAUACAGAGUGCUCAGUGGUAACUUGUACCAAAUACAUUUUUAUGUUAAGUUUUACAUUAACAAUUAACUCAAAAUUGAGGUGUUGCUCUUUUCACUUCAGUCAUAUUGAAAUAGGAUCACCGUUUUCAUAUUAAUCUUUUUAGCUUACCUUUCUUACAAUGAGUUUACUAUGCCUGCAAAACUCAAAUAUGAGUCUUUCUUUUCUUACACUUUUGUACUUCACAGCAGUUCUGAAAUUGAGCUGUAUAUUGCAGCUUAAAAUUUGAAAUCAAAUUUCCUCUGUCUAAGGUGGCCUUAGUGUUUUGUGUUUUUUUACAUUAACAUAUAUUCUGCAGUCUUUGAGCAAACCCAUUUUAAACAGUGCAUGGAAACAUCUGGUUUCAGCUGAGGGGCUUUCUGUCUCUGCAAUGGGGUCUGUGGUCCUGACACAACAAUCAUGUCCUCAGCUGUGAUGUAUUUUGUUGUUGAUAGACUGAGCAGUUUUCCACAAUGCAAUAAAAACGUAUUUUCAGUCUG